CUCGUUGAUUAGGCCAGAUCUGCCGCGAGUGAUGCCGUCCAACACCCGUAGGCGGCACACGGGUGCCGAGGACGAGGCCCGUCUUUUGCUAAUGGCGUGGGCUGCCUGGCGUGACGUCAUCACCGACACGAGGCGAAGGAGGCGUCUGAUGCAGGCGGCAGACACGCGAUACUUCUUCAGGAACGUGUCGGGGCCCUUCAGGGCGUGGGUGCACCUCUACCAAAGACAACAGAUGCAGAGGUACAGGACGCAGAUCACAUCUGCGCCCUUUCUCACUCAGAUACUCAUUGUCUGUGUCUGUGUCUGUGUCUGUGUGAGUGUAUAUGUGUGUCAGUGUGCAGGCGGGCCAGCUGUGUGAGCGUCGCGAGAGGGUGCUGGUGCAUCGCACCUACCUGCAGCUCAAGAGCUAUGCAGACGCCAGACGCAGGAAAAGGGCUUUCGGUGAGCUACACACAGGCAGCCACAAGACAAUCGAUGGGCCAAUGUAUGUGGGUUACGUGUGUGUGUUAAGUUGAGCGGCUGCAGUCGUUGCGUCGUCGGAAGCUGCUGAGUGAAGGGCUGAGGACCGCCGUCAGGUAUCACACACACAGACACCACUGUAGAUCUACACACACACGCGUGUGUGUGUGUGUGUGUGCAGUUGGUCGCGGCAUCGCCGUGCGAUGAAACAGCGGACAGUCAUCGCCAUCAGCCAGCGCAGCAGACAGCUACUCAAGGUACACAGACAGUACUACAGGCGACUCACACUCGUACACACAAAAGGGGCAACCAACAAACACUCGUGGAGUGGCCGUGUACAUCAAUCACGUCAGACCGCGAUGUUGGGUUGGUGUCUGUGGCUUGCGCGUCGGCACGAGAGGACAAGACUCACACACAUGGCGCAGCCAAGAAUAAUGGUCAGAAGUAGCACGCACAGACAACUGGAUAGAUCUGCAAACGAGUGUCUAUAUCUGUGUGUGUGUAUGUCAGCUCGUUCGUGGCUUCAAGACCCUGCAGUGCCGCACCCGACGGCGCAGCGAGUGCAGACACAUGAUGCGGGUGGCUGCCCUUGCCCAUGUGCACAUCCUCCUCGCCAGCGCCCUCAAGCGAUUCAAGGUCAGAUCAGAUCUAUUGUCCGACACAUACAUAGAGAUGGUUCUCUGUGUCGUCCAUAUCUACCUCCGAUUGACUGAUGCAGUUGCUGCGCCCGCGCCGCCUCCGCGGCCAGCGAUACCUCAACGCCGCAUCCAACCAACGCGCGUACGCCCACAGACACAUACACAAAUAAACAAGACACCCACACCGACCCAGACCCAGUCUCCUCUGUCUUUCUUGUAGGUGUCUGCUGCAGCACCGAUUUCUGCGCCGUCUGCAUCGCCGUCUAUCGGCCAAUGGCAUGCUGCAGACGGCCGACAUCGAGAGGAGGCGGCUGGCCCUGCGGACCGUCAUGAUGCGGCUGCACCGACGUGCUUGUCGGACAGCCCUGUUGCGUCAGUUUCCUCUGCGUCGGUACUGGGAGAGAUGGAGAGGGGCACUGCUGGUGAGUGAGGGGGAAUGGGAUGGGUGGAUGUGGUUGUGUGUACUCAGUGGUGCUUUCUUUGUAAUGGUGUGUUGAGUGCAGGCGUAUCGCACCUAUGAGGAUGAGAGGGUGUCUGCUGCGGCAAGGUGCCUGCAGCUGUCGGUCGCUAUGAGGAGAUGGGAGCACAGGUAUGCUAUGCAGGUCGGAAUCUGGGCCGUAACGGCCAGCCUUCCUUGAGCGUGCGGCAUCACGUCACCUCACUUCCCUGUGUCCCUCCCUGUGUCUGUCUGUCAGGGUGUAUGAGGCGCGUGACCAGCGGGACCGCCUCACCCAGGCGUUCACCGUACUCAUACACCGCACUGCGAGAGGUGCAAUGCGUAGGGAGGGAUAUCCAUCUCAGCAGCGCAACGUACAUAGCCUCUCUGUGGUGUUUGUUUCCCCAGGUCUGCUCCGUCGAGCCUUCACGGCUCUGUGUUGGUGGCGGUCACUGAUGGUGCGGUAUGCCGCACUUGGUGGCGAGCGGCGGCAUCGUGAGCUGUCGUCAUCGUUCCGCGCGUGGGCGGUGCACUUGGGGAUGCGGCUGCACUACAGACAGAUCACUGUCGCCAUACUGCACAGACGGGCCACCGCACUCAGGUCAGCCAGUCUGUCACUACGCGAGCGCCUGUCUGUCUGUCUGUCUGUCCGCACCUUGUGUGUGUGGGGGUACGCAUGUGUGUGUGUUUUGUGUUUUCAGGAUGUCUGCGCUCUCGUCGUGGCGGGCGUAUGUGUUGCUGUGCCGCCGUGCACAUGCCGGGAUGAUGCUGAGGCGAAGACACGCACUCCUCAGAGGCAUGCGCAAACUCAUGACGUACGUGGGAUGCGCUAGUGAGAGAGAGAGGGGCGUGGCGUAUUCAUCACGUCCAUCCAUCGCUGCACAUGGCUCCCGAUGCUGUCUGUCUGUCUGCACCGGCUGCAGCCAUGCGCAAGAGCGCACACUGAGAAGACACCAACGGUGAGCCGUUGGAGUGCAGGAGGGAGGAUCGCCUUUGUUAUCAUGUGUGUGUGUAUGUGUGUGUAUGCUUGAUUCGGUGUCUGUCAGGGUGAUGAGUGUGGAGCAUUAUCUAUUGCGGCUCCAGCGGGCGGCCUUCGCCGCACUCACCGCUGCCGUCGAGUCACGCAACCAAGUAUUCGACAGGAGAAAGUCAGUGAGCGCACAACACAACUAUCCCCCCAUCGAUUUAUAUGCCCACUCACCCCACACGGAUCCAUCCAUCCAUCCAUCCAGACAGACAGACAGAUCAAUCAGACACAGAGAGAUAUACCAUACCCAUGUGUGUGUAUCUGUCUGUAUCUCUGUGUCUGCGUAAUCAGGGCGUCCAUCCACCACGCAGCACAGCGGCUGAUGCGCACUGCUGUCAAGGUGCCUCACACAAACACAUGACUGACACCCACACACCACAUAUGCACAGACUUUUCUCUCUCCGUGUGUGUACCUGUGUGCAUUUAGGCGUGGGCGGCGGCGAUGCCGGUCUAUCGCAGAAAGCACCUUAUGGCGCGGCAGGCCGACGCCUUCUGGCGGCUGCUGUGGCUUGAGAGGUGGAAGAGACUCUGGACUCGUAGAUGCACUGACAGACACAAGUACAGUACGCUCAGACAGAGGGCAGACACACGCUCUGUCUGUCUGCACACGUGUUUCUCGCCUUUCGUGGUCUGCCAGGGUGGUAGCUGGCUUAGCCAAUUCCGGUCGUCAUGCGGUGAGGCGUGUCUUCACCUCUUGGAGGGCGCUCACACAGGAGUGCAUGGACAUCAAUCGCAGCCGAGAGGUGACCGACCAACGAACGAAUCAAAUGCAGAGAGAGAGGGGGGAGCGGGUCAAUCCAUUGUGCUUUACACCUUUUCUGUGUGUACGUCAGGUGGGUGUUCGUCUGAUGGAGCAGGGGGCCGACAUGCGCCUCCUCGGCGCUGUCUGGCACAAGUGGGCACACCAGUGGAUAGGUCAGAAGUCUGCCCACCCAUCCAUCCACUCAGACAGUCUCCCAGCCCACAUCGAUGGUGGUUGGCUUUUGUGUCUGUCAUUCGUCAGCCUACCGCCGUGUGCGGCGGUCCCGCAAGCAUCGGGCAGAUCAGCAUCGCAAGCACCAGCUCAUGAAGUAGGUGGCAACAACACAGACACAAGACGCUCGCUCUCUCUCUCUGCGUGUGUGUCAUCGGUUAACCGAAUGAUGCAGGUCGUGUGUGCGUGAGUGGCGAGCGUAUUCGGAUCGCAAAGCAGCCAAGAGGCGACGGCAGACAUCCGCCACUGACCAGAUCGACCGCGGCAGAUGCAUGCUUGUCUUCAACGCAUGGAACGGUAGGUACCCAAGCCCACAUGCACCACACCACGGACCACCCGACAUUUAUUCUCCCUCUGUGUGUGUGCAGAGGUGAUGCUCCGGAGGUACGAGGCCCGCUUCCGCAAGUGCACGGCUCUCCAGCACUGGGCGCGCACCCUCUCUUGCCGCGCCUUCCGCGCAUGGCACGCCUACCACCUGCACCGGCAGCAGACCGACACGGACCGUGCGGUGGCCAAGCAAAUCUUCACGCAGCGGCUGCAGCGCGACGCCGUCCACAUGAUGCUCACGGCAUACGACAGGCAGCAGCAGGCCGACCUCGGCAGACAGUGUGCGGUGCACCAACAGAGGAGCGCUCGAGAGGUGCGGCUGGCGCAAUGGGUGGCGCAUCGGUGGCGGGCCUUUGUGCUGGCGAGGCGGUCACGGUGGGGAGUGGAGGAGCCCCAUAGGGGUGGCAUCCUGAGAAAGAUGCCACCGCCACCACCGGCAGCAGCAGCAGCGGCAGCAUCAGUGAGGCGAUCCCCCGACCACCCAUCCCCCACUGCCAUACCGUUCCCCGUUCGGCAUCACUAUCGCUCGCCCCCCCGGCUGCCGGUGUCUCUCUCAAAAGCAUCAGCCAUGCUGGACGAGCUCACUGGGCAGCAGCAGACAAGGAGGAGGGCGGAGGACGUCAGCAGCAGGCGAGCGGCCAUGGUGGCCAUAUCGUCCCGACCACCGCCACCACCGUCACCAUCACCAUCGCCAUCACCACAGCCCACGAGUGGUUACGCAUCUCGGCUGUAUGUGCGGCGUGACCGGCCGUCACCUGCACGAGGGGGGUACGGAGCAUCAUCUGUCGGCGGUGGUCCACUGGCGAGGACGGACGGCCUCUCUGACGUGCCCUCGCCCCCCAGCCCACCACAGCUUAUUCCAAGACGGCAGCUGGACACCUACACACACCAGCACCAGCAGCCAUCCACACACACACGCUCUCGGCCUCCCCCGCGAAUACCGACGGACAUCCUCACCCCGAGGGGCGGCCAGAAAGAUCGAGGGCCGAUUUCGGUGGCUCGCUAUCCUCCCCUCCUGAGCCCGCCGAGAGCUGACCGUCCCCCUGAUCUUCGCCCCCGGCCGUCAGAUAGGGUGUUGCAGCUUCGAGGAUCUGCCGCACCGCCAGCACGUGACGCAGCAGCUGUGGCUGUCGAUGCACGUGGUGAGAGCCGGGAUAGCAGCCCUGCGGUGCAGCCUGUUCGUCUGGGCAAGGAGAGCAACAUCACGACCCCAGCUCCCCCGACGGACAGGCGAGAUAGAGAGGAGGAGAGGGGGUCUCUUGUUGCGGCCACGGGCGGCCUGACUGAUGAGAUGACAGGGCAUCAGGGAGAGAAAGAGGGCUCAGACUGUGUUGGAAAGGAGGGCGGCGAGGCAGAGGGAGGGGGCGGGGGGGAGUGAGUUGAGUCGACGGUUGUGUGUGUGUGUGUGUGUGUGUGUAAUGUGUAUGUGGAUGCGGUGGUGUGACCUGACUGGCCUCAUCUGUG